AUGCUCUUUGAAUUACUACAAAAAACCUAUAAGAGUUUGGAAAAGAUAGUCAAUGUGUUAGUUGUUAUCACUUAUGCGAAUAUUGUUAAGAGAGAGAGAAAAAUUUAUGUAUUAUUUUAUUUUAAAUUAGGCUGUUCAACCUAGUUUUGUCUUAACAAAUGAAAAUGCUAAAUAUAUAAUGAAAUGUAUUAAAUUAUUUGAAGAUCAUUAUAUAAUUAUAAAUCCUUAUUAAUCCAUUCUUAAAUACUAUUUGUAUGAAAUUUGUUGA